AUGCCACCAGAGGAAGAGCGGGAAAAGCUGGCCCACAUUAUCAGACAGUGGAACAACAACAGACUGGACUUGUUUGAAAUAAGCCAACCAGACACGAAUCUGGUGUUUCAGGGCGUGAUGCGCUUCUACUUAGAAGAUUGCACCGGAGGUAAUGUCGCCACCAAGUGUCUGCGGUUUUGCAGCAACGCUUCGACCAGCGAAGUGGUUGAAACUCUGGCUGAGAAAUUCCGACCCGAUAUGAAAAUGCUGAGCACUUGCUAUUCCCUGUAUGAGAUUCAUGGCAAUAAGGAACGUAAACUGGACCCAGAUGAGAGGCCUUUGGUGGUUCAGUUAAACUGGAACUCAGACAACCGAGAGGGAAGGUUUGUGCUCAAGCAAAGCAAGGAAACAACCGAGGAGAGCUGUCACAACAAGGAAAAGGGGGGCAUAGUCCAAACUUUCAAGAGGACUUUAUCAAGAAAAGACAAGAAGAACAAAAACGAAGUCUCUGAAAGGACUACGGUGGCAUGUGAAAUCCAAUUAAACAGCAUAUCAGAAGCUGGACAGUUCAUGGGAAAGAAAACAGAAGGAGAGGUGCAGGCAGACACAAACAGUCCCCAGCAUGACUUCUUUGAUCAUUUUGGUUUACCACUUGGAAUUCAGCUCUGUGAUCACUCUGAGGAAGCCUUCUUGAUGGCGGUCAUAAAUUACGCCAAUAGCUCCACGAUUCACUUCAAGCUCUCACCAGCGUAUGCGCUCUAUGCCGCAGGCCGCUUUGCACUGCAGCGUCCGGACGCCUUGAUUGGUGGCAUAUCUUCUUUUGCAGACAAAAUGGUGGCUGUGAUGAGCAAAAUCAUCCAAAGGCAGCAGGAUAUCGCUGGAGCGCUCGCCUUCUGGAUGGCCAACACUUCAGAGCUGCUAAACUUCUUCAAACACGACAAGGACCUCAGUAGACUUACACGGCAGAGUCAGUUGGAUCUGUCUCGCCUGCUACAUAAAGCUUACAGUCAUCUGAUUCAGUGUGUACAGACUGAGCUAGGCAAGAAUUUGCCAACAUUUCUGAUUGAUCCUGAGCAGCAUGGUUCACUUCCAGCUGGUAUUGAGAGGGUUUUGAACACCUUGAUGAACACCAUGUCAGUCUUACGACACUAUCAGGUCAACCCUGCCCUUGCCAUUCAGCUUUUCUCCCAGGUAUUCCACUUCAUCAGCACCUGGCUCUUUAACCGACUCAUGAACCCUGACGCCAGCACCCCGGGGUUGUGUUCCCACUACUGGGGGGCGGCUCUCCGCCAGAGGUUAAGCGGCAUCGAAGCCUGGGCGGAGAGACAGGGCCUGGAGCUGGCUGCUGACUGCCACCUGGGACACGUCAUCCAGGCAACAACACUCCUGACCAUGAAUAAAUACACCACAAAAGAUGUAACUGAGAUCCAAAACACUUGUUUCAAGUUAAAUUCACUGCAGCUGCGUGCUUUAUUGUGUGGAUACUUUUACGCACCCAAUGAGCCUCCAAUCCCAAAAGAUUUGAUCGAAGCUGCGGUUGCGACCGCAAAAGCUUCAGUGGACAAAGCAAUUUGUCAGGAAGGUCGAAACAUAGAGCUGGAGGAGAACCUCGACCUCCAUCUGCCCUUCCUGCUGCCAGAUGGGGGAUAUUCCUGUGAUAACAUGAGAGGAAUCCCUUCUGGCUUUCGGGAAUUUCUGGAGCCAAUUUGCCAGAGAGGUCUCUGCUAUUUAACCUUGCAACCGAACCAGAACGGUGAUUGGACCAUCUUUUUCACAGAGCCAGGAACACCAUACUUGGACAACCAGAAGGAGCCAGAGACUAUUACAGUUACUCUGAAGAAACCUCUUAACAGUGGCAUGGGGGUCAGCAUUGUGGCUGCCAAGGGAGCGGGCCAAGACCACCUUGGGAUUUACAUCAAAUCCAUUGUCAAGGGAGGACCAGCUGAGAUGAAUGGUCUAUUGACCCCAGGGGACCAGCUGCUAAGCGUGGAUGGUCAAAGCUUGCUAGGCCUCAGGCAGGAAAGGGCAGCGGCAAUCAUGAUGCAAACCGGUCCGAUAGUGACCUUGCAAGUAGCUAAGCUCGGAGCCAGCUACCACGGUCUUGGUGCUCUGCUGGGCGAUCCCGCCAGCUCUGGGAUAGCAGGAGGGGCUAAGAGUCAGGAGAUAUUUCUGUACCCUCUUGAGGAUCCAGCUCGGCACAGCCACGACAGGAAAAACAUAGUGCAGACCUUGCAGAAGAACAGAAGGUUUUAUCGCUCCAACCCUAACAUGGCUGAUUUCGCCCUGGAAAAAGGAGAUGAGCUUACCAACCGAGACGUGCGAUGGAACAAGUCGCUUUCAAACCUUUGCAAUGAUACAUUGCACCAAGGAUAUCUGACACUCCCAAUCCGGAAAUCUCUGGACAAGAACACACCAGCAUCCAGCCAACAAAACAGCAGUCGACCACAGCAAAUGUUUCAGGUGUCUUUGAGGCCUUUGGGAGGACAGAGUUAUGUCAACCAAAGGACCUUUAUGCGUCAAGCUCUCUCACAGGAGAAUGUGUGCGUGGACACAGGAGGCCCAUUGCUGGACAAAAGUCAGACAAUCUGUACCAAGCAAAACUAUCACUCUUACCUUCCCGUUCUGCCAAGCUUUUCAACCCAAAACAUCCUUGUGGACAGCGGCAGUCCUGUCAAAGAGCAACGAGGAACCCGUGCCGGGGUCUGGAGGACCCCCUUUUCGCAACAGCCCACACCGACGCCUUCCAUCCAACCCGUACGCAUAGACGUCCCUAUUACCAGGCCUGCCGUUUCUCAUACCAACCCUCCACUUACUACAUUCCAACACGGUUCCUGUCUGGUGGCAGUGAGGUCCAGUCAAACACUUCAAGUAAAUGAACGCUCUUAUUCAAAAUGUCAUAUUCGUUGCGGGCCCUCGCGGCUAUCACAGCAAACUGUGGCGAAACCUCAAGUGAGCAUCACUCCGACAAAGCACGUCUCCUUCCGAGAACCGCCGAGCCUGGAGAAGCAGAACGCCACUUUGGCUGAGCCUGAAGACCUCAAGGAACUGAAUGAAAAGAUGAAACUGCAAGAGGUUGAGCGGCGAUUUCAGCAGAAACUGCGAGAGGUUCGGCAACAGGUGGACGAGGUUGAGGACGAACAAGAUUUGGACAUGAUGGUGAUGAUACAACAGCUGGAGAAACGAGAACAGAAAAAGACACACACACCAGGGAAUGCAAACGGCGAUUUGAAAGAGCAGUCUAAAAGUCUUUCCACUCCAAAAGAUGAAAAAACUGUAUUGAUCCACAGGCGCCGGGAAGACAAAACGCGGAGGAUGCCAGCUCCCGAGAAGCUGCCAUUCAAGGAACGCCAGCGUCUCUUCUCUCUGGCAUCCAAUGCAUAA